AUGGCAAAACUAUUUAUAGUAUUAUUUGUCCUUGCAAUUAUAACAUAUGCUCGUGCCGUCUCUGUGGACGUAAACAGUUUAAAAAUUCGUGAUGGUGGUGAUCCGAUUACUGCCAUAGUAUACAAUGAAACAGCGUUCUGUUCCUUUCUUCCACGAACUCCCGGUCAAGACAUUGGCACUAGUGAAAGUGAUGCUGUCGUUUUCUGCUCUGCACAUUUCGUGCAAUUUCCUAAUGUUAAUAUUUUCCCGGAUGGAUUUAUCCACACAAUGUACUACGCAUCUGGAGAUGGUUAUGUUCAAAUCACCGGACUCAUUAAUGGAAAUGUAUAUACGUCCCCACAAGACGGAGGUGGUCAAUAUGACACUAAAGCUCCUGUUGGUGCAAGUUGUUAUGGAUAUGAUUCAUUUGUAAACCUUGUCGAGCCUAAUAUUGAAGGAUCGGAUUAUGGCCAUUUCUGUAUUCGUUGUUGCGAUAAAACAGCUUCCGAUAAGUGCGAUGUUAGCAAAAGUACGUUAGGUUGUGUGAAUAUUGUUCAAGGAACAUAUGAGUAA